GUCAGGAAUCCUUGUCAGCAACACGAGCAAUAAAUCUACACGGUAACCAUGUCCCUUGCAACUUUUGUCGUUCUUGCCUGCGUUCUUGCGCUCGGCAAUGCGCAAGUUCUUUCCCCCGCCGCCCCACUUUUUAGCGGAAGGAGGGCCGCCUCACCCAAAGCCCUCAGUGGCAUCACGGACUGCGGUAUUGGUGAACUUGUCGACGUUCGUCUUUCUGGAUGUACCCAAGCCCCAUGCACCCUCACCGCUGGCCAGUCGUACCAACUUCAGGGUGACUUCCGUUCCCGUGAUCAACACUGGAUCCUCCGCUACGCCAUGAUUGUCCACCAGGAGAACCAGUUGACCACGAUCUUCCCGGAAAACGCAGUUCCCGACAGUGUCGUGACACCUGGACAGCUGUACACUUUCUCGCAUGACUUCAUUUUCAACCCCGCCUUCCGAGGGAAAAGCUACAUCAGGCUUGAACUUCAUGAGAACUGGAAACAAGAGUUCUGUCUCAUCAUCCCGGUCAAUGUUGUGUAGAAGGAAAUACUUACUUUUAAUUGGAACAAUAAACAAUUUUAAUUUCUUUGAGUAUCGCAAAA